UCUCACAGUCAGGAAGUUCUUCCUCAUGUUCAGAUGGAAUCUCCUUUCACAGUAGCUUCUCACAACAAAAUCACAAGUUCCCACUACAAAGGUAAAGGUUUCCCCUGAGAUUGAGUCUAGUUGUGUCCAACUCUGGUAGGUGGUGCUCAUCUCCAUUUCUAAGCCGAAGAGCGGUAUUGCCUGUAGACACCUCCAAGCUCAUGUGGCCACAAUGACUGCAUGGAGCGCCAUCAUCCUCCCGUAGAAGCGGUACCUAUUGAUUUCACACUUGCAUGUUUGCAAACUGCUAGGUUGGCAGAAGCUGGGGCUAACAGUGGGAGCUCAUCCCGCUCUCCGAUUCAAAUUGCCGACCUUCUGUUCAGCAAGUUUGGCAGCCCAGCGGUUUAACCCGUUGUGCCACCAAGUUGCCAUUAGUCCAAAAAAAGGACAAAUCUGAAUGUCUCUAGUUGGGUUACAGAACCCGAGAGUGCAAUUUUCACCUUUCUUUGCUGAUUUUCAUAAUAAAUGGAGGAAAAGGCAAUCCUUAUUUGGAAAAAGCAGUCCCCAUCUCAACCUCUUUUCCCAACCAAAUAACAGUGUGACUCGUCCAUGCUUCUCUGGGUCUGGGAAUGCUAUCUAUCCCUCCCUGUCCCUCCCCUCCUUGCUCUGCAAACCUUUAAAGUUAUGAAGUUAUUUUAGCCGGGGUGACAUAACACCCAAAUCAUCGCAUUUGCUUGGAUGGGGUGGGAAUGUUGGACAUCUUCCUGCCCCCACCCUUCUGGGGCCAGAAUAAAACCGGACGCACACCCAGCUGCCAGAGAGUGAGCAUUGGCAGCUCUGGGGAACAGGGGGGACCAUGGAGUUUUUCAGCAUUCAGCAGUUGGUCAGCGAUGAGAGGCCCGAGGGGAAGGUGCGAGGAGCUUUUGCGGGGCUGGUCCGAGGCCCCGUGGCUAGAGAAGCCGAGAGCUGGUCUCCAGGCCCAUCUGGCGUUUGGGAAGCUGUCAGCAAGGAGAGGCAGAGGGCAGAAGAUGAGAAGAAGAAGAAGCUGGAGAUGCUUAGCAAUUCCAGGCUGAAGCUGGACAGCCUGGAGGACUUGCAGGCUAUUAUUAAACUUCGCAAGGAGAGGAAGAAGGUGAAGAAAGUGGUCCGCCCCAAGAAGAAAGAGCCGGAAGAGAUUGUAGGGCCUGUAGGCCCAGCGCAGUUCCUCCAAGCAGCGCUGGACAACAGGCUUCCGGUGAUCGAGAGGUUCCUGGCCGACGGAGGGGACCCCAAUGCUCACGACAAGUUCAGAUGCACGGCCCUGCACCGGGCCUCCUUGCGUGGCCACAUGGAGGUCGUGGACAGGCUGCUGGAGGCUGGAGCCAAGCUGGAGCCCAGGGACAUGCUGGAAGCCACCCCUAUCCUGUGGGCCUGUCGUGGGGGCCAUUUGGAGAUCCUCAAGCGCCUGAUCAGCCAGGGAGCCAAAAUCUCCACACGUGACAAGUUGUGGAGCACCCCUUUGCACGUGGCUGUCCGGACAGGGCACUGUGAUUGUGCAGAGCACCUCAUUGCUUGCGGGGCCAACAUCAAUGCGCAAGAUAAGGAGGGAGACACGCCGAUCCACGAUGCUGUCCGCCUGGGCCGCUUCAAGGCUGUGAAGACGCUACUGAUGUACGGCGCAAAGCUUGGCAUUGAGAAUGAGGAGGGUGUGACACCGGUGGACCUGGUGAAGGACUGGCAGAAGGGCAUCCGGGAGACGCUGCAGGCCUGCGCCGACCGCCAGGGGCCAACCGCCAGGAACUGAGGAGCAGAGGCCAGGGUCGUCCAUUCACCACUUGCGGCCAAGGUCCCCCCACAGUCUCUUGCACUGGGCUGUGGGCCCCACUCCUCUUUGGUGCCAUGGGGGAUUUAGCGCACUCCUUUGGACCGAGGAGGAGGAGGAAGACCACCUUUGGCUUCCCUGCAGUCUGGGACAGGCCUGGCAGCUAUGCUGGGCAGCCCAGGCCUUCCCAAGCACUGCAUUGAGGAUGCAACCUUUGUGUCCCUCAUCUAGUGUCCCUUUUCAGAGGGAAAAUGAAGGCACCACAGAGAGGAAGGAUAUUGUAUCUUUGCUUUGUCUCGAGGCAGAAAGCAGAAUUGGGAAAAGGGAAAGGAAGCCAUGCUGUAUUUCCCCCUAAGACUGGGUCUUAUACAACCGGCAUGGGCAAACUUGGGUCCUCCCUUCAGGUGUUUUAAACUUCAACUCCCACAAUUUCGGACAGCUUCAGGCCCUUUCCUUUCCUCUCUCGGCUGAAGGGGAAAAGGAAGGGGCCUGAGGCUGUUAGGAAUUAUGGGAGUUGAAGUCCAAAACACCUGGAGGGCCAAAGUUUGCCCAUGCCUGUGAUAAGACUUUUACCCUACCUGUAUCUUGGAUCUUGGGCAGCAUUAAGGACACAGCGAGGAAUCGCUUUGAAGUCCUUUGGAGAUACAGUAGUCUUGUUGAUCCGACAUAAAUGGUCUGGCAGAACGUCGGAUAAACGAAACUGUCAGAUAAUACGGAGUCUACUACUGUUACCCGUCUGACGCUGGUAAUACUAACAAUAGGGUUACGGCAAGGCAGUGCCUCAGGGCUAGAGCAGCCCAGCAAGAAGUGUGUAGAUAAGGAGUGUGGAAAUCACAGAGGGAAGGAGAGAGGACGCGUCUGCUUCCAGUCCUGCCUCUUUUCCCCCUUUCCUCCCUCCUCAUCUUGCCUUUUUCACUUACUGGGAAUGGAGAAAGGACUGGGGAGAGCUCUUUUAUUUGAAGGGGAAAUGCUGGAGGAAAAGGGGGGGGGGGGUCAGAUAAGACCAAAUAUCAGAUAAGCAAAGGUCAGAUAAGUGAGACUCUACUGUAUUUAUAAUGCACUCUAAGUGGGGCUGACUUUGAAAAGUGCUCAGAAACUUCAGUUGGUUUAAAGAGCAACAGCCAGUCUGCAAACUGGGGCUGGCUACAGGGAGUGCACAACUUUUCUGUUGCAACAGCUUCACUGGCUGCCAACACGUUUCUAGGCACAAUUCAAAGUGCUGGUUUUGACCUACAGAGCCCUAUAUGGCUCCGGUCCAGGUUAUCUGAAGGACUGUGUCUCUUUCUAUGAACCAGGGAGACAUCCACGAUCUACUGGGGAGGGUCUUCUCUCAGUCCCACCAACAUUUAAAUGUUCUGGGUGGAAACUCAGAAAGGACUGAAUGUCGGAUAAGCAAGACUCUAUGGUAGACCCAGCUUGGAGGCGUUUGCCUCGGCUUUCCCCAGAUGCCCCACUUCUCCCUUGCAAGCCCCAGUCCUCCCUUUCGAGGAUGAUAGUCUUCCUUGGUUUAUUAGUUGAGGGCUGGGAGAUGCUUCAGAAGGAAGGGAAACACAUAGAUUGUCCUCUCUCUAGGCCUUUCCUUUCAGCUCCGUUUGUUUUGCAAGCAAAGAAACACGCUCCUCUCUCUGCCACCUUCGUUUCCCCUGCAAUUUCUGGACAGGAUGAAUUGACCUGGAGAAGGCAGCUGCCUGCCAGUACAGUCCCUCCUCCUCUUUGCCUUCGGUGCCAUUAACCGCUUCCUCCUCCUUCCUGCCAUUAAUUCCCUGGACCUCUCAUUCCUCAUCUGCUGGUCUUGGUGCUGCCGGUCAGGCCAAGGCCCCCAACAACAGGGCUCCAAAGAGGGUCCCUUGGAUGCAGCACCGGUCCUGGUGUCAAGCUGGCUGCCUGAAAAGUUAUUUGCCACUGGCUGGCCAGUUGACCUUUGCUACCUAACUUUUCUUACAUUUCUGGGAAGUGCAGAGCAGCUCCCCAACUGAGAACGACCUUUCCUCGUGGAACUGGGUUUCAAUGAGGAACAAACCAAGACUUACCUAUUUAUGGAUGCAAAACGUGACGCAAAGAGCCCCGGAGCCCGGCUGGGCUUGGCCCCGUGCACCCUACUUGGCCUUUCCUGGGUCACACGGGAUCAAACUGGACUCUGGAGAACGGUCUUUGACCAAGUCUGAGCCCCUCCCAAGUUGCAGAGAAUUAUUGCAGCAUGGGCUGGAGGAAAUGACUGGAACGGAUCUUUACAGAAGGAUAGACGCAAAGACUUACCUCUUAUGCAAGACGAAUCUAAAUGUAACUACAAAAAAGAUGUAUCACGCUCUACUGAUUGCUGACACCAUACUGAAUAUCUAGUUCUCUUGUUUGCUAUUCCAGAUUGGCAAUUUACAGACAAAAAUGGGGUCUGGAAGUGAGACAGCAUCACUUUUGUUGAAUACCCCCAAACAUGUUGUAACCCAUGGAGGGUGGGGUUUGCUGCCUUGCCCCCUGCAUCUGCCCCUCCCUGACCUCAAGCAGAAUUGUAUUGGGAUUUGCCUACAUUGUGUGCACAAAGUGUAAUGCGAGGACCCCCAAGGGCCAUCCAGUCCAACCCCCCUCUGCCAGGCAGGAAGACAAAAUAAACAAGCUCCCAAUAUAGAUGGCCAUCCAACCUCUUUAAAAAAAAGCUCCAGAAUUGCCCCUCAAGAAUGUGCAGAGACCACGACACACUGCAUUUACAAGGGGUGUUCAUGAAAGAUUUCCCCUGACCCACUUCCUGUGGACUGAGAGCAAUGAAACCAGGCCCAGUUCUGAGUCCCUCUCCUCUUCAUGGAUACCACCUCAGGACACACACUUCUCCCAUCUUUUGAAGCAACUGUAAACACCUUGCUUGUAUAGGUCAACAGGUUGUUGCAAAUCCACUUGGUGACUUCGGAAAUCAAGAGUCUCAUCAUCUGAGAAAUAACUUUCUUGUUGGCAAGAAGUCUGAUAGUGCGAGGUCGGGGUGAAUAAGGUUUUUUUUUGUCAUGUCAGGAGUGACUUGAGAAACUGCAAGUCGCUUCUGGUGUGAGAGAAUUGGCCGUCUGCAAGAACGCUGCCCAGGGGACGCCCGGAUGAUUUGAUGUUUUUAUCAUCCUUGUGGGAGGCUUCUCUCGUCACCGUAUGAGGAGCUGGAGCUGAUAGAGGGAGCUCAUCUGCCUCUCCCCGGAUUCGAACCUGCAACCUGUCGGUCUUCAGUCCUGCUAGCAUAGGGGUUUAACCCACUGUGCCACCAGGGGCUCCAUAAUAAGGGGUGUGUGGUAGAAUGUCACAGCCACCAGAGGAUGUAUCUUCCAUUUGGGCAACAGGUGAGUUGUGAACAGGUGCAUCGUCUUGCAGAAGGUUGACACCUUUGAGGAGCAUGUCACAUUGUAUCUUGGUUUGGAUGGCCUUCUGCCAUUUCCACAGCAGUGAAGCAUAGUAUGCCCCGGUGAUAACGGCACCCUUUGCUAGGAAAUCCAUCAAUCCUAUUCCAUGCUGGUCCCACAAUACUGUGAGCAUGACCUUUCCUGCCAAGAGCUGGGCACGUGCCACCUUUGGAGCCAGUGAGUUAAGAUGCUUCCAUUGUAUUGACUGUACUUGAGUCUCAGGAUCAGAGUGUUGGACCCAGCUUUCAUCCUGUGUGGUCAGUCUAUUGACAAAGUCCUGGUUUCCAUGGCAUAUCAUUGUCAAUAGAACCCGAGAGUAUUUGACUUCUGGGAAGGUGUGAGCAGCUGGCAGACCCAGCAAGCGGAUACCUUAUGCAAGGGAAGAUGGACUUGGGUGAUUUUUUUCCCAUAGACCCCACAUUAAUCUUGACAUUUUGGGCUAAGUGGUGAAUGGUUAUGUGGUGUUUUUCCAAAAUGGCAACUUUCACUUGCAGAUGGUGUGUUUCUCAAUAACAGAAUGGGGUCGCUCUGGAAUUGGAGCUGUUUCCACCAAAGUCCGACCACAUUUAGAUUGACGAUGCCAGUUCUUGACUCCAUCAUAUGAUGGGGAAUCCUCACCAGAAACCUCUUUCUUCUUAUCAAACGUUGUCUUUGGUGUGCAGCCCUCCAAGCAAAGGGAGGACGGCUCUGGAUUCUGCUGGGUCCAUUCUCAAACCUCACACAGCUUCAGCACCUGUCACAUCAAGACCGUUCUCAGUUCUGAGCUGUAAAUUGGCAUGUAACCUAGAGAGACACAUGUGCAGUUUCAGUGUUCUGUGAUAUAUAAAAGUGGGUCAGGGGAAAUCUUUCUUGAAUGUCCCUCGUAAGUCUAAACCCAAAACACAAGCUGUGGUGCUCCUGAGGGUGAGCAAGAUGAAAGACUCCUUUCCUCCGACCUCCUUUGUUUCCCCUCCAAAGGUUCCUUUGCCGUCGGCAAACCCACUUUGCUCCUGACACGCUGUAUAUAAAUAAGUCAUAGAUCUUUUUAGACUUCUUUCCAUACAAAGGUACAGUCCCCAGCAGGAAGGUCUACAACAGAAGAGGCAGGUUACAAAUAAUUUACCUGAAAUGAGAGUAACAUUGGCUUCUAAAGACAAAAGGCGGCGGUCGGUUGAGGAAAAGAAAGAGGUGGGUUCUUUGCUCUUCAGUCUCUGUGUUCCUUUAAAAAAUAAUAAAACCCUUUGGGGGGGGGUGAAGAAAAAUACUGUUAGUAGCAACUAGGAGAAGGAAAGGACAGUCUUUCUCUGCCAAAGCUGGAGUGGAGGGCAAAUGAGUCGUGGACAAUAGAAGCGGUGGUCAGUCUGGAGGCAAGGAAACCUGUGAAUUCGGGCCAAACUAUGGGAGCCAUAGGGCAACCCCAUGUUGAGAAAACAAGUUGCAGUGUAGAAUAAGUCCUAUUGAAGGUACGUACCAUUCAAGGGGCAAGUGGGAAAGAAAUCCCGCAAAUCAUCCUUGUCUGGGAAAGCAGAGGAACCCAAUUUACUUAUUGGAUUGGUGGGAUUGAUGGACGUGUCUCACCUUUCAACAGCGACAAAGUACCACUCUGUUUCUCUUUCCCUGCCCCAGUUUCUGUAGGGCAGGAAUGGGCAACUCUGGCAGGUUAUAGGGCUUGGAAUCUUCCACCAAAAAUGAUUAAAUAAAGAAUUGAAUUCUA